AUGGGCGACGGUUUUGCUUCGAGCAUCGAGAGUAAAAGAACAUCAACUGAAAAACAACAGCAACAUCAAAUGCUCAGUUUCAGGGCAAAUGGAACAGAAUUAUUGAUGUCAAUAUGCUAUAUGAUUCAUAAGAGUUCAGUGAAACGGAAAUGGGGCACAAUGUUAGCGGAAAUCUUUUUAUUUUUGAAGUCUUCAACAGUUGAACCUUGUAGCAUCGUCAAUAAAGUGACUUUAUCUUUCUUCCUUAAUGUUUAUACUUCCGACGAUGUUGUCUUGUUUACGGCUUACUUGACUUGA